UCAUAGAGCCCUGUUGGUCCAACUCCGGACAAUUUGAUGAUAGCGGUUUUGGUGGGAGCCUGUUGCGUGUGGCAUGGGCACUGGGGAUUAUAUCUGUGUUACGGUGCACGGAGGCGCGCCCUGGGGCUUCAGUCUCCGGGAGGGAGAGGGGGAUGCCUACCGACGUUUGCAGGUUUAUCAGGUGGAAGAGGGCGGUCAUGCGUCCCUGGCCGGGAUCUGCGAGGGGGACGAGGUGGUGUCGCUGAAUGGAGAACCCUGCGGGGAGCUUUCCCUCCCAAAAGCAAAUGCUCUCAUUGACGCCUCCGUCGACUGCCUGCAACUACUGGUCAAAAGAUGGCACACCCUAUCCCCUGAGGAUUUUCAUUCAGAGACCUACUUUGGCACAAGGGAGUCCUCUGGUGAGGCUUUGGAAAGCACCACCCUCCACAUCCUGUCCCCUGGCAGGUCCCAACCCCCCAGGGAGCUCUACAUCGCUGAUUCCCAGGACGAGGCCUACUAUGGGGAGACUGAGAGUGACACGGAGGCCCCCGGAGGGAUCCAUCUGGUCCGCACCCAGCUCUGCGUACCUGCGCCUGAGGAGUGCCAGUUCCCCAGAGGAGGAGGGGACAAAGGUCGAGAGGGACCCCAGGGGGGGAGCUUCUCCCCUGGGGCAAUGGUGGAGCUACAGUUGUCCCUCGCCGAACACACCCUGGAGGAUCCCGUCUGCACCUCCCUGGGGAGUGCUCUUGGAAUAGAGGGGGAGAUUCAGGCGAGAGAGGCCCUCAAGAACGAGGCCCUCCUUCACACCACCACCCACUCGCUCUACGUCCCUGGCCCAGCUAGGGAGCCUCUGAGUCAGCAUGGAGUGGUGCUGAGCUCCCCCUCUCUGCUGGGCCAGGUGGAGGUCACCCUGCAGCACCCAGCAGCCGGGAGGGGCUCUCCUCGCCUGGUAGAAGGGGUAGUCGUCUAUGGGGCCAGUGGAAGUGUUGGUGAAGCCCCUGGGGAGGAAGGAGGAGGGAAAAGCCAGGGAGCUCCCGCCUCCUUCACCGUCUCCUUUGGAAUUCCCACAGAGGGGGCGGAACCAACAGCGGAGCGAGACUCAGAUUCAGAGAAGGACCUUGAGAAACCUAACAAGCACCGGGCCAAGCACGCCAGGCUCAGGCGCAGUGAGAGCCUGUCAGACAAGCAGGUGAAGGAGGCCAAGUCUAAAUGUAAGCGCAUUGCUAUUCUUCUGAACGCUGACGCUCCCAACCCCAACAACAAGGGGGUGUUGAUGUUCAAGAGGCAUCGACAGAGGGCCAAGAAGUACACACUCGUCAGCUACGGCACCGGUGAGAGUGAACCAGAGUACGAGGUCGACGACAGCGACGAGGAAGACGCCAGAGCGAUCAAAUUCACCCUCGUAGCCACCACCAGCGGAUCAGAGCUUGAGGAGGACUUUAUCACUAAUGCCCAGGGCGGUGGCAGAGUGCUAACCUUCGACUGGGACACAGGACUACUCGAGAUCGAGCGCAAGCUUAACUCCGGAGAGGAGAUGGAGCAACUGCCCAACACCACGGGAAAGGGGGCCACAAUGUUCGCCCAGCGCCGCCAGCGCAUGGAUGAGAUCGUUGGCGAACACGAGGAGAUGAGGCGCCAGGGGAUUCCCGUGGAGGGGGUACAGGAGGUGGAGAAACAUGCAGCCAACCAGCAGAUGGAGGAGCGCUCGUACAUGCAGGCCACCACAGAGAGGCAGGCCUACAUGGACUUUAGCGUGAACCAGAAGCAGCAGCAACAGUAUCAGAAGUACCAAGAGCAGCAGUACUAUGAACAGCAGCAACAACAACAGUACGAGCAGCAGCAAUACCAGCAGCAACAACAACAGUACGAACAGCAGCAGUACCAGCAGCAACAACAAUAUCAUCAACAGCAGCACCACCAGCAGCAAGAGUACCAACAGCAGCAUAUUCAGCAGUACUCGUCUAACAUGAAUGGCAUGGCCAACCAUCAAACCAAUGAAAUGCAGAGUUCCAUGAGCAAUCAAACUGCCCAACCCUUCUCAUUACAAAACCAGAUGCCCGCCCUGUUUUCUCCCCCAGUGAGUGGGAGCAACCAAGAGAUGAUGGGUCAGGGAGAGCAGAUUGCCUCACGCGACGAGCGCAUUUCGACGCCGGCAAUCAAGUCUGGGAUCUUGCAGGACACAAGGAACAGGUUCAAGGGCAAGCCAAUGUUCAAUUUCAAACAAGCACCCAAAGUGUCACCCAACCCCGAGCUUCUGAAUCUCCUCAACAGGAGUGACAAGAAGUUGGAUUCCGAGUCAUGCACGGAAGAGGACUAUCUUAGCUUGGGUGCUGAGGCUUGCAACUUCCUCCAGUCACCAAGGGUCAAGCAUAAGACGCCUCCACCAGUCGCUCCCAAGCCCAUCAUUAACCCCAACUCUCCACCCUGGUCCCCUCAGCCUGAGCUGGCCAACCAGGAGUUGCCACUGCAUGCUGAAAAUAGCGUCCCUGCACCUGCUGCAGCCCUUGAGACCGAGUCCGCCCCAGAAUCAGCCCCAGAGCCCUCCCCUCCUUUUGCCUCCCAGGAAGCUCCUGUUCCUGCCAAGCCCACCUCUCCAGCCAAACACACAUGGAGUCCCCCAGGGUCCCAGGCACAGCAGCAGCAGCCCCAGCAAGCACCAGCCUGGGGAGGAAAUGGUCCCUCACCAACUCAGCCUCAUUCGCAACCCGAGCCUCAAGUGAGUUCCUGGGCUCCGUCACUAACACAGGCAUCACAGCAGCCACUUGUGAGUAUUUGGCCACCUGCUGAAAUGAAGCACCAGGCUCCAGCUCCAAGUAAGUCCCCACCACAGCUCCCUUGGGUGACUCCCCAACCACCCCCUCCUCAGCCUCAGCCACCCAUGAAUUCUUGGGCUAUAGCGCCUGCCCAGUCACAACUCCAAUGGGUUCAACCUCAAGAACAGCAACAGCCCCAGGCACCUUGGGCUCAACCUCAAGAACAAGCACAGCAACAUCCCCAGGCACCUUGGGCUAAACAGCCUCAGUCUCCAGAACAGGCUUGGCCCCAGGACCAGCCUCAGCCACCCUGGGUGUCAUCACCUCAGCCUCCAAUGAAUGCAUGGACACCACCACAGUGCCAUACCCAGCCACAACAACCACCUUGUGCCCAACAAGCUCAACCCCAACAUCCAGCUCAGCCUCAACCCCCUAUGAAUGCAUGGGUCCCAGCACCUGCUCAGGCUCAGGUCCAGCCUCCAUGGGCCCAGCUAUCUCAAGAGCAAGAACAGCCACCCAUGAAUGCCUGGGCCCCAGAUCAGAAUCAGGCCCGGCCACAGCCACCUUGGGUCCAACCACCUUCAACCCAAUCCCCACCCCAGCAAAACUGGCAACAACCACCUCCACAGCAGGCACCCUUACAGCCACCUAUGAAUGCAUGGGCCCCAGCUCAGGCACAGCCUCAGACACACACAAGUACCUGGGCCCCACAACCACAGCAAGCCCCAGUGAAUACUCAGACCUGGAUGCACAGAGUGUGUCAACCUUCUCCAAAACCUUGGAAUGCUCCACAGAGUGCUCCCUGUUCUACUCCUCCACCUCCCCCACAGCGAAUUAACUCUUCGUCACCCGUCAUCAAUCCAAUGGCCAGUGUUUUGGCACCAGUAGGAGGAAUGGGCUCGGCUUUGUCGAUGCCAGCGGUUCGGGGGAAAGGAGCCGAUUUGUUCGCCAAGAGGCAGUCUCGUAUGGAGAAGUAUGUCGUGGAUUCGGACACUGUGCUGGCAGCCACUGCACAGGCAGCUCAGCAAGCCCAGGCCGCCACUGCACAGGCAGCUCAGCAAGCCCAGGCCGCCACUGCACAGGCAGCUCAGCAAGCCCAGGCCGCCACUGCGCAGGCAAACAAGGCAAGGCCCACGUCGCCCUCUCCCUCCGUACCUCAUCCGUGGAAAUAUUCACCCAAUUGCAGAGCUCCCCCUACAUCGAAUUACAACCCCAUACAGUCCCCUUCCUACCCACCAGGGGCCAUUAAGCAACCCCCUCCAUCUAGCCCUGUGGUCAAAGCAAAGAAAGGGAAAGGCAAACCUGCCUGCAAACCCCUUGCCGUUAUAGAUGUCAUGAAACAUCAGCCUUAUCAGCUCAAUGCCUCCCUCUUUACUUAUGGCCCAGCAGUGGAGGCUGCCGAGGCUGCCAAGGCCGCCGCACCAAAGCCUGCCCCAGUCCCUCCAAACCAAAACCAACCAAUAAGAUAUGAGCAAGCUGCCCCUGUCCAGCCGGCUGGACAAAUGAAUGCUCCCUAUUCACAGCAGCCCCAGCAGCUCUACGGGAUUACCCCUCAACCACCCAUGCAUGAUAGUCCAUACCACCCAGCCUCACCUAAUGCUUACCAGCCAUCUAACAAUCCCUACCAGCAGGUUCCUGCUGGCCCUUACCAACAUCCAUAUAAUCCCCCUUACAAACAAGCCCCUCCAGCCCCUUAUCAAUCCCAGCAGCAAGCUCAAAACCCUUCUUACCAACACACCCCCCAAGGUCCUUAUCAGCCAUCCCAUAGCCCCCCCUACCAAGCAGCACCCCAAGCCCCAUACCAGCCACUACCUCCCAGUACCUACGUGGUGCCCAGCUUUCCCAUAGCGGCAAAGUCUGAGUCCAUCUUUGGGGGCAACACCGCUCCAAAGCCCAGGUUCAUGGCCAAAAAGAGUUCAGCCCAGGUGUGGAAGCCAGCAGCUGUGGGAAAAGAGUGAUUCUGAUAGCAUAAUUAAGUGAUCUUUCCUUAAAAGAACAGAAGAUCUAGUUACAACAAAUACAUGCACAGUACAUUCAUAUAAAUGCUAUAUAUUCAUAGAAAGCUUUUAAGAUGCCUUUUCAACAUUUUAUAGCCAACAUAUUUUUUUAAAUAAAUGCUAGAAUUUUAAAAAGGCCCGAUGCAGCUGUUUGGAUCUCAAUAUCAAAUCAUUUCUGUGUAAGAAUGAAGUACCUUACUGUUUUAUUUUUUAAUUAAAAUGGUUAAAAACAAACAAAUUGCGUCUUAGCAAAGAGCAAUUUCUCAAGCAAGAAUUUUGCUAGGACUGUCUGGGAAUGGUCUAAGUGAGGGGCCUAAUUGGACGAGCCUAAUGGGAGGGUUACAUAACCUGGUAGAGCGGUUUGAAACUAUUUGUUAUUGGUAUAUUAACUUAUACUGCCUGGUGAUGUCGGCAGGCAGGCCAAAACGCCAUCCAACCAAAGUUUCAGGCUCUUACACUGAAAUGGCAUUAUGAUAAUUGUCACAAUUCCCUAGUAUUAUUCCAACCUCAUACUGUGGAAAAAUAUAUAUAAAACACAGGAUAUUCACAUUUUUGACUGCACUGGGCCUUUAAUAUAUAAAGUUUGGAUGUAUUUUUCCACCUGCUAUGCAUUCACUCUUUACAUGUAUACAACUAUAUAAUAUCUUCGUUUUUCAAGCAAAGCUUUUCAAUGUUGGUUUCUUUGCAAUAUUGCAAUGCACAAUACAUCGAAAAUUAAAUAUGAUAUUGGUAUAUCUCAAUUAUCUAAGCCCAGAAAUGAUAAAAUGUAGUUUUUCAGGAAAUCCACAAAAUGCAUUCAAUAGACUUAUGAUGUGAAUCAGUGGAGCCUGUGAGCAGGCAUUGCCAGAAUGUGAACGAGGAUAAUAGCCAGCAAGAAUUCAGAGGAACAGGUGAAUGUAUAUUGCUGAGAAAGUUACAAUUGGAAAUGAGAGAAGCUUGAAAGGGAAUUUAAGAAAAGGUUGGAGUACUAAGGCGGUGUGUGAGCCAGUGACAAGUUUGAGAAGAUCUUCUGCAAUAUCAACAGUGUAUUUGUUAGCUGUUAAGAUGUGCAAUAAUUUGUCAAAAUUGACCUUGAAUGAUCUGAGAAGAAAAUUAUUAGUAGCGACUAAGAGGUUUAAGACACCGAGAGCUUGGCACCAUAAGGCUCUAUCUGCUAAAAAAACAUUCUGAGAUAAUUGGCUGUACAGUUUCAAACCCUCAUUGGUUUGAAUGGUGUCAGCCAUUUUUGAUCUUAUUCUAUUAAGUGUAACAACAUGAAUUGGGGGUAUUUAGAGUACCUUAUAGGUAGAGAACAUUGAACAGAACAAGACUACGUCAAUGACAACAAUGUAGAUAGAACCUUAGCGUCCCAAGCUCUCGACAUGGUUAGGGAGUCCAGGAGUGGUCAGUGGAAACAUAUUUAGGGUCAGGUUUGAGAGCCGCCUGGCUUCAUUUGACAUGUGUUUUGUAAGUACAGUGAUGUUACUUAGAUUUGGUGGAUAUAAUGUUCAUAUGCAAUAGUGAAUAGGAAACAUGGCUACUUCAUCUACCUAACAUUCAUAAAUUGCAUUGCAAAAAGGGAAUGUUUUGUAUUUUAUAAAUUGAAGUAUACAUAUAAGUCUAGUAUUUUUUUGUUAGGGUCCCGUUUCCUGGAGGUGGAAGGUACUUGCACAAGUUUAAGAUGUAGAUCUGGUACAAUUUCAUUCAGUGUCUUCCAAAAGACCCUGCUUGAAUUGUUUUAGAUUCAUUUUUACCAGUUAUUGCGUCAUGUUAGGUCGCUAAAUGUAAACUUUUCCAUGUCACAGAUGAUGUGUGUGCGUGAGUGAAAGCUGUCGGUUUGGGAGGAUUAGUGGGCUUGUAUUAUUUCACCAACAUGAAUGGCAGUCGCUCACUAGACCUCCAGCUAUUCUGUCUUUUCUCACGCUUCUAAUUUUAGCUUUGCAUAUUUUUUUCCCUAUGUUUCUGUACACCUGCUUUGGUUUAACAUAAUGGCCAAAAAAAAUACAUUUUAUAAAAAGGGAUAUUGAAAUAAGCAGUUACAGAAAAAGGGGAGUUUGGAUGAACCACCCUGUCAUUUGAAUGGUAUACAUUUGUUAGAGUUGCUUUCUCUUGUUCUGUCGAUUCUUUUUCAUUUUCUUUUGUGUUUCUUUUUCAUAGUGCACUUUCUGUACGAUUCAUGUCAAGUGCCAUUAAAAUGCCUUUUAUCCUUA